AAAAUAUCUCACUUGAUAUUUGGCAAUGAUGCUCUGGAGAAGGGGAGGGCCUGCAAUGUUAAAUGCAACGUUCACUGUUAGAGGCAGGCCUCCCUGAAAAGCUGACCUUUGAGGUGAGGGAGUGAGCGGAGGAUGUUUCUAGGGGAAGGUCAUUCCGCCAGGGCACAGGCUCUGGGUGGGGAGUCUUCCUGCCCUGUGCAAAGCCUGAUCUAACCUUGUUUCCAUAGCACCGCUCGGACUCCAGCUGAGAGGCUGACACAGCAGCAGAGACAGAAGCAGAGAGCAGCAUUGGACCAGCCAUCAAGUUCAGCCACGGCCCAAGUCGUUGUUCAGUUCAACUGGUGGUGAAAUGGGGGUCAACCAGUCCGUGGGCUUUCCACCUGUCACGGGAUCCCACCUCGUAGGCUGUGGGGAUGUGAUGGAGGGUCAGAGUCUCCAGGGGAGCUUCUUUCGACUCUUCUACCCCUGCCAAGAGGCAGAAGAGACCACAGAGCAGCCCCUGUGGAUUCCCCGCUAUGAGUACUGCACUGGCCUGGCUGAUUACCUGAAGUUUAAUAAGCGCUGGGGAGGUUUGCUGUUCAACAUGGUUGUGGGAUCUUGUCGCCUGCCUGUUAGCUGGAAUGGCCCCUUUAAGACAAAGGACUCUGGAUACCCCUUGAUCAUCUUCUCCCAUGGCCUGGGAGCCUUCAGGACACUGUAUUCAGCCUUCUGCAUGGAGCUGGCCUCGCAUGGCUUUGUGGUUGCUGUACCAGAGCACAGGGAUGGGUCAGCUGCAGCAACCUGUUUCUGCAAGCAGCCCCCAGAGGCGAACCAGCCCAACAGCGAGUCACUGGAGGAGGAAUGGAUCCCCCACCGUCAAACUGAGGAAGGGGAGAAGGAAUUCCAUGUUCGGAAUUGCCAGGUGCAUCAGAGGGUAAGCGAGUGCCUGAGGGUGUUAACUGUCCUGCAAGAGGCCGCUGCUGGGCAGACUGUCCUCAACACCGUGCCUGGCGGGUUGGAUCUGAUGACCUUGAAGAAAGAAACCAAGGAUCUAAGAGGGCUCUGGAAAAGUCUUCCAGGAAGAAGCAUCAGCCUGAAUGGCCAAGAGGGCAGCAUUGACGUGAGCCGCGUGGCUGUAAUGGGACAUUCAUUUGGAGGGGCCACAGCUAUUCUGGCUUUGGCCAAGGAGACCCGAUUUCGGUGUGCUGUGGCUCUGGAUGCUUGGAUGUUUCCUCUGGAACGUGACUUCUACCCCACGGCCCGAGGCCCUAUAUUUUUCAUCAAUGCUGAGAAAUUCCAGACAAUGGAGAGUGUCAACCUGAUGAAGAAGAUUUGUGCCCAGCAUGAUCAAUCCAGGAUCAUAACUGUCCUUGGUUCUGUUCAUUGGAGUCAAACUGACUUUGCUUUUAUGGCUGGUAACUGGAUUGCUAAAUUCUUCUCCACUCAAACCCAUGGGAGCUUGGACCCCUAUAAAUGUCAGGAGACGGUGGUGCAGGCCAUGUUGGCCUUCCUGCAGAAGCACCUUGACCUGCACGAGGACUAUGACCAAUGGAACAACCUCAUUGAAGGCAUCGGACCAUCACUAACCCCAGGGGCCCCACAGCAUCUGUCCAGCCUGUAGGCACAACGGGUCAUUUGUGAAAGGUCACUGAGCUGAGUUCCCAUUGGGGGCCUGCCCAGGGACACCCGUGUCCUCCUACCAGGAGGUGGUCAUCAUGACCCUUCUGCACAGAUUGAGAGGAUGUAAUCACACUGCUGGUUGGAUAACCGGGUACUUGGAUCUUGGACUUGUUGAUCGUAAACUCAUGUUGGGACUUGGGUCACUCACUGAUUGGCAAACUGACUUUCUGGGGACUGAGCCCUGAUGGUGUGGGAAACAAGCAGUGGGACGGGGCAAGGGAGGACCCAAGCCCCAGGCUGAGCACUGUGAACGCUGUUAACCCAGCCAGCUGACUCCCUCAUCUUGGGCCAGUGUGGCUUCUGCAGUGGAAGAAAUGGAGCCAAAGGAUGGAGGGAAAAUUCCCACUGUCCGGACCUCUAGCCCAACCUGCUGCUAUUUCUUCCUCCCCCUCCCCCUUCUCCCUCCCCAGUGUUGCUUGGUGAGUUCUAAACACUUUAGGUAGCUUUCUAGGAUAUGGACCACCAUCAGAUUUUCUGUUUAUUUUCAAGCCUUCUCACUGCAUGAAACAUAGUCUCAGGCAUUUAGUCAGGAUGAAGUUAUACUUGUGAGCCCGUGGAAGGGGCAGACAGCAUUGUCCUGAUAGCAUAAGGAGAGAGGCUGAGGGACAACGGGUACCACAGAAGCUCUGAAUGUCUUAGAGUUUUGCUGAAAAUGUAGCUUGACAGGAAACAACAGACGUAGGUUGGGGUGGAGAAGGGAGAAUAACAUUGUUAAGUAGCCAUUUGAUCAGGCCCUCACCACAAAAGUGAGGGAGUUUGGUCAGUUCGAAUUCAGGAAGCCUUCCCUAGAGAGAAGUCUUAGGAACACUUUGGUCUUGCCUCUUACCUCAGAUAUCGUGAGCCUCCAACUUGCUCAGAAUCAGGGUGCUGUAGUUGUCUUCUGGCUCUGAGGCCUUAGUCUCAAAUUUAAGUCAAGAUAUAGGUUGAAUUUCCAUUCUGUUCCAUUUUUAAUAUGAAUGAUAUUAAUACUCAUGUUUGCCUAAUGAUAUGUUUGCCUAGAAUAUUUUCUGUAUUUAAACUGCAUUACAGCAAGAUGGGGAGCCAUCUGGAAGUAACUUUUCCUUCUGUCUUUCUUUGAUUGCUUACCACUUGUACCCAUGUGGAAAAAAACUUCGAAAGGAAAGGAAGUCUUCCUAGUGAUCUAGUUCAAAGCUGUCUGGGAACAUCAACCUGAAACACCCCUCCCCACUACUCUAGACCUCUCACCUUGGCCCAAGUAGGGCACCCCAGAGGAAGCAAGAGCAAGAGGAAAUGCGUCUCUAUGCAACAGGGCCAAGGUCAGUGUCACCAAAGCAAGCUGGGACUGUCUCCCAUCUCUCAACAGCUAUUCUUUCUCAGAGGUGAAACACCAGAUCCAUUGAGGCUGUGGACCUACCUGGGGAGGAUCUGUGGAUUCCAGUGAGACAGAGCAUAAGGAGAAUAUCGUUAAAGCCCUGGCUCUAGAGUUCUAUAGCGUGGUUUUUGAGUCCAAGCUUCACCACUGCUAGCUGGGUAAAUUUGAGCAAAUUAUGUUCUCUUUUUAGUCUCAGUUCCUGCAUUUCUAAAAUGAGGAUCUGCAUUCUGAAUAGUUAGGAGGAUUAAGUGAAAAGAUGUAUAACCCAUGGAUUAUUUAAAAGUAUGAUUCCUACUUUCCAAACAUGUGAGAUUUUCCUAGUUACCCUAUGGCUGUUGUUUUCUAGCUUAACUGCUUUUGGUCAGAGAAAAUGACCCACGUGGUUUUCAUUCUGAGACUUGCUUGUUGCCUCAGUGUGAGGUCAAUUUUGUAAAUGUUCCAUGUAUACUUCAUAAGGCUGUACAUUCUCAAGUUGUUGCCUCGCUGUUUUUACUCAAGAACACAUUAUGGAUUUCCAUCCAUGAGAGCACAUACAGAUAUAUUGGAGGGCCUUUUAACCCCUAGACAGGGACUAGAGCCCCUCAGCAAUCACAGAACCAGUAGAAGCCAUCCCUUGUGCCUGGGGCUGGUUCUGCAGACGCUGAGAAGUCAGUUCUGACAGCAUUAGAGCGUGAGACCCAACUUCUGCCUUAGACCCUUAAAUAAUGCAGGUAUAUUUUGUAAAGACCUGGACCCUUCCUAGAGAAAGAAGUUGUUCGGAAACUGGAUCCAUCUCCUCUAUUCAGUUCAUGUUCUGGUAAUGACUCAUUUAUCUGAUGUCAUUGGAGUAGGUGAAUUUUCCUCACUGAAAAUUAUCCUUUAAGUCACACAAUAUUAUGUUAACUAUAAUAUUGAAGGGUAAUUUACCAAAAAGAUAAUGCACAUACUUCUUAAUGUGAUCUGACCUCAUUUAACUUUUUAGAAUGUUUCAAUCAGGAUAGAUUCAAUUAUACAGUAGUAACAAACAAUCCCAAAAAGCAAUAAAAGUUUAUUUCUUGCCUGUG